AUGUCAGUUUCGUUUGGGUUCUCCGUUAGUGAUUGCAUAGGUAUGGAGCCGAACCACUUCACAUCACAUUUUUCUAAUCACUUUGUCAACAUAGGGGGCCUGAAGUUCAUAAAAGAGGUCGGAGAAGCCCUGGGGAACAGCUGUAAGGCAAAGGAUGAAUAUAGUUCAUUCAUUUCAACCAUUCAAUGGGCGGAAGUCAUGCUGCAUCAGAUUCAAGAGCUGCAAUUGGAAAAUAUUAGCCAAGAAUUAAUCCAGAAAUAUAAGGCAAUUGCUGUGAAUAUACAGCAGGCAGUGGAUAAUUUCAAGCAGGGAAUUAUGAAAAAGUUUGAUGGCAGCCUUGCUGCUAAUCCCGUGCAAUUUGAAAAGAAACUGAAAACUGCCUUUUCCAAGAUGGAAUGGACAUCCAUCAAGAGUCUUGUGGAGGAAUUCAAAUCCAGUCUGAUCCUUCAGUUUGUUCUUCAAUUGACGCUUAGUCAACACAUGACUAUGAAAAUUUUAGACAAGGAUCGGUGUUCCCAAGCCCACAACAUAUGUUGCCAAUUUUCCUAUCAGCGAAACCAAGGUGCAUUGCAGUCAGAUUGUACAUCUAUAUCUUCGCGUCCAGCCAUUGAAUGCGAUAGCACAUCACAUUUUAUCUCAACGGUCGAGGAAAUCCCGAAGACAUCAGAUGUCUCUGAAGAAAUCAUGGCUGAGGAAAAUACAUUGUGCCUAUCAAAUAGAUCUGAUGGUAAAAAUAAUUCAACUACAGCAAACUUUACUUGCACAUCACCAUGUUUCAGUCAUUAUUUUGGGGCCGAUUCAAGCUUGCCUGUUUUGCGACAUCCUUCCACUAGCUCCGCUGAUUUACAGGUUCAAGGAGAUGCUCGCUUCACAGGCUUACCAAUCAAAAGUCCAACUGAUGGGUCUAUCAGAAUAUACUCUAAGCCAUCCUACCCUGAUCAUGGAGUGAAGCCGAUUUUCGUUAUACCAGGCCGAAAGGAUAAAAGCCUGCCUCUAAAAGAUCCCUGCGAUGGCUCAAUUAAAUCGCUUGAAAUGACAGCCAAAUCCACGAAGCAUUCAACAUAUAACAAGCCAUACAGACGAAACUCUAUUUUUGCUAGCCCGCAAGGAAAGAAGACUGUUAUCAGAGACCCAUCAAAUAUGGCAAUUAUUGACUUCGACUCGAGAAAACUAUCAUAA